AUGACAGAGGUGGUUACUACAAUAACAUCAGCAACAAAAUCAAAUAUACCCAGCAGGCCGACACAAAAGAAACAAAAUAAAUUAGGACCCUAUACUUUAUUACAGACACUGGGUGAAGGCGAAUUUGGAAAAGUAAAAUUAGGUGUUCAUUCGGAAACGAGUGAAGAGGUGGCAAUUAAAUUAAUUAGAAAAGGUGGGAUUGGCUCCGAUAGUCGCAUCAAUAAGGUUGAAAGGGAGAUUGCUAUACUAAAGAAUCUGAGUCAUCCUUAUAUUGUAAAAUUAUAUAAUGUUAUAGAAACUGAAAAAUACGUUGGACUAGUAUUAGAAUAUGCAUCUGGAGGUGAAUUAUUUGAAUACAUCUUGGCACAUCGUUACUUGAAAGAAAGAGAUGCAAAAAGAUUCUUUGCUCAACUUAUAAGCAGUGUUCAAUAUAUGCAUAAAUGUAAAAUAGUUCAUCGUGAUUUAAAACUAGAAAACAUACUAAUAGACAAAAAUCGUAAUAUCAUUGUAACUGAUUUUGGUUUCGCAAACCAAUUCUCCACUGCAGCUGAUGAUAUGAUGUCUACUACAUGCGGAUCUCCAUGUUAUGCUGCUCCUGAACUAGUCGUCAAUGCUGGUUUAUACGCUGGAUCUGCUGUAGAUAUUUGGUCUUGUGGUGUCAUCCUAUUCGCUAUGCUCUCUGGAUUCCUUCCUUUUGACGAUGACCCUUCGAAUCCUGAUAGUGACGAUAUCAAUCAAUUGUACCGCUACAUUAUAUCUACUCGUCUCAUCUUUCCUCCACACAUCUCUCCGGAUGCUCCGAUGUACCUUGGAUAUAGUAAUCAAGCAUCCUUGGCUAGAGGAAUAUAG